GAUUGGCCGGUUCGAACAGCACGAGCAACAAACAACUCGUAGUCCACGAGAUGAUCGGUUGCCGACAGUCGAGUUUUCCACAAGAACGAGCCACGCGAUCCGAUGCAAAAUUGUCAGGAUUCCCACGAAGACUCUUCUUUCUCCAGCGCGCUUGAAUGAAGAAGUGAAUCAUCUGCGAUCGCUGUCAUGGCUGUCCAGACUGGCAUCCAGGUAUGGUUUGGAGAAAGGUUUGACGCCCCCGUGCUGAGCCCACGGAGUCCCCGCAGCCCGUUGGCGCAGCGCCACGGCCCCGGACUGGCCGACGUCUUCCAGUAUGACCAGUGGCUGGCGGUGCGGCAUGAAGCCACCUUGGUGCCCAUGCAAGAGGAUCUCGCCAUCUGGCUCACGGGCAUGCUGGAAGAGGAGGUGAGGUCUGAGUUCUUCAUGGAAGAGCUUAACAACGGCGUGAAGCUCUGCCAGCUUAUCGGCGUCCUGCAGACGAAGAUCGCCCGGGGUUGCCCCUCUGCACUUGGCAAGCUCUUCCCCACGAGGAAGGUCGCCUGUAAGCGUGACGCGUCUCCGGGUUCCUUCUUUGCUCGCGACAACACUGCCAACUUCCUGUCAUGGUGCCGGCACAUCGGCGUGGAGGAGACGUACCUCUUUGAGUCCGAGGGUCUCGUGCUGCACAAGGAGCCCAGACAGGUCUGCCUCUGUCUGCUGCAAAUCGGACGCAUUGUCUCCAAGUACGGCGUGGAGCCUCCUGUGCUGGUGAAACUGGAGAAGGAGAUUGAGCUGGAGGAGACCCUGCUACUGACUGAGGAGCCUCCUCCGGCAGUCCAGACCUUCAGUGUGUGCUGCCAGCAUGGCGCCCUCUACCAGUCUGGGGAGCACGGCGUGGAUGACCCGCCUUGCAACUGCUCCAACAGGGUGUCCAUUGAGUACCUGUCAGAGGGUCGCUACCGACUUGGGGACAAGACCAUCUUUAUUCGGAUGCUCCACGGCAAACAUGUGAUGGUGCGUGUCGGGGGCGGCUGGGACACGCUGCGCGGCUUCCUCACCAAGUACGACCCGCUGCGCGUGCUUCAGUUCACCACUCUGGAGCAGAAGAUCCUGGCCUUCCAGAAGGGACCGCCCGGCUUGGGAGGUCACCAUGGCAACGCGGCCCCGCCCCCGGAGAUGGACCCCCUGGCGGCCGUCGACGACCUCAUCUCCUCGUCAUCGUCCUCCUCAUCCGCCUCGUCGUCUUCCUCCUCCUCCAGCUCGGUCUGCAAGACGUUACCGCCCGCCCCGGGUCAGACGUGUCGCUCCUACGCGGCCUCGCCCACCUGCACGCCAACGCUGCCCAGGAAAGGGGCCGGCGCGGCGCCAAAGAAGAACCUCCAGAUAACGCCGCCUGCCCCCAGGAAGCCCACCCAGUUGCCCCUGCCUGUCGCCACCAAAGCCUUCUCCUCCUCUUCUUCUUCUUUGCCCACUACACCUGUGGGCGGCUCCAAGCAGCCCCCCAAUCAGGUACAGGUCCAGCGCAGAGCUGUGACGCCCCAAGCAGAACCCUUCACUGCGUCCAAACUGAGGCUUAGACCGCCCACUCGGGUCCCUGCUUCUCAGCCGAGGAGUCCGGUUUGUCCCGAGCCUUCUUCCAAAUGCCCCAAACCAUCCAGUCCCACCGCCGCCCCCGUGCCUCGCCCCGCCACUGCCCCAAAUGAUGCCCGACCCCCAACGGGUGCCAGCCAGCGCCCUCGCCUCGCGCAGCGUCGCCCCGGCUCCCCUGCUUCGCGCCUCCGGCUAGAGACGGCAAGGAGAGUCCGUGCGGCGGCACGUGCCGUGGCGACGCCCGCUCCGCAAGCUCGCACGGCCAAGCCGAGCUCACGGACGGCCUCUCCGGCUAUGCCAAAACCCGUCUCUCCCCAGCCUGUUAAAGAGCCCGCAGCCAAAGCCAAGGGUCCGGCCCCGACCAAGGCUCCCACCCCUGUCCAACGAGGCGCCGCCGCCCCUUGGCGUCUCCCUGUGGGCAACACUGCUCCCUCCUCCAACACUAAAGCCAUUCAGAAAGAAACCACCAGAGCACAGAAGGCAGGGCAGAAACCACCUGCUUCGACGACCAUGGACAAACCCGAGUUAACUCGCGUCGCCACCUUCCAGAAGACCGCCUCGGAUGUCAAGGCCAAGACUGAGCCCAGCACGAGCAGGAAGAUCCCUCAGUAUCGGGGCAAUCGUGAAGACCCUUAUUUUGAAAUGAACUGUCGGAGAAGGCAGAAGACGUGAUGGGGAGAGGCCUCGCCAGCAGGCUGGUGACAAGAAAAAAGAUCAGCACUUGUAUUUGCUCUUUUUAAACUAAUCCUAAUUGACUCAUGUCUACUGCUAUUUUCUUUAGUUUUAUAGCAGGGGGGGGUCCAAAUUUUAUCUUUAAAGGGGCGCAUACAAAGGGCCACUCAAUGAAUUUUUGUGCAUGCCGCGGGCCGCCAAAGAACAGACGACCGCCCACAAAUGUAGUUUGGACUCUCCUGUUUUAUAGCAUAUUUAACAGUUUUUAAUCCAAAAGGGUCAACGCUUUGUACGUUUUGUCUUUGUGGUGAGUUAACGGUUCCUCUCUAAACUACCUGCUUAACAGUUACUUAUAAUGUUUACAUUUUACACAUGCAGCAGUUGCAACGUUCUGAGAUACUCUGUCCAAAGUGAGCCUCGAAAGGAGAAAAGGCUACCAAAGUCGUGUGUGUCGUUUUGAAGCAGUCGGUGACACAACUGGAACUCGAAUGAUUUUCUUUCUCCAGCGAGUGAUGGAUAAUUGAUACCUUGGCGCCAUCAAGUCCUCUGUCAUGUGCCUUCAUCACAAAUCAGAGUGAAUGGCAUUAGAAUGUAUCAGAUGAUGGUGGGUGGAAAUGUUUUAUUUAAAUUUUUAUUUUAUUUUAUUUUUUUUAAACUUGCACAGUGUAUAUGAACACUUUUUCAGGAAGAAAAAAGUUACAGAUUAACUACUGAUCAAACAACUCUUUUUUUUUUUCUUUUUUCUUUUACCAGGCCAUGCCAUAACCUUUAGUGCACAUUCAAAGCAGUAAAGAUUUUUAUAUGCUUUAUGUUGGUGUGUGUUGUUGAAAUUGUAGUUUUCGAAGUGCUGUUUGUGUAUGUUCAUUAAUGGAAAAUUUACGAGAUAUUAAAAGGCUUUUUUUUUUUCUUUUUUUUGUGUUUGGCACUUUACAGAAACCUGUUUAAACACUCUGAAUGUUGAUUGUGUCUCAUGUCCCAGAUACUUUUUAAUUGUAGUUUUGGAUUAAAUUAAUUAAAAUCC